AUGGCACGUCUCGCAUCCGGACAGGCAAAAGCUGCACGAGGUGGUAGGCCAUGGACCUCAGACGCGCAGCGCGUCUGGCUCAUGGACAGAAUGGAGAGCUAUAUGGAGGCACGACAAUCGAAACAACGUGGCUCCAUUGCUGGUUUCCGUCGCAAGGUGCUAGAUGACUUCAUCCAGGAAUUCUGGAAAAAUAAGAAAAUGUCAGUAGAAGAGCGGGGAGAAGCUUUAGGAAUGCUUGACCGGCGUAUUCGGGAGUGGUUUGUCAAUCAUAGCCGAAAGGCAGGGCCGAUCAGAGGAUCCAAGGUUCUGGACCUUAGGGGCACCAAGAAGAAGCGCCUAGCCGCAUGGCAGGCGUAUUCACGCCUCUACUACGACACUGUCCUGAAGCCACUUGUCGAGGAGCAAUGGCGUGAAGACCCAGCAUAUGACCCCACUAUCCGUGAAGUCCCCUUCGAAUUCUGCAAUAGGGCCGUUUGCAACUUAUGGCGCAUUGAGCAGGACGAACGAGUGAAGGAGGAAGUUGCAGCUUACAUCAAAGAAGAAUAUCAACGUGGCGGCGACAUGGAGGAGGAAGACGACCUAGACGGUGACGACGAUGGCGAUGUUGAUCCCGCGGAGCUGAGCAGGCGGCAGGCAAAUCGAAAACUACAGACUCAAAUCGAGGCGUUGCCAUUGACUUUGCAAAAGAUGUGCGAGCAGAUCUAUAGGGAACUAGGCUUCGUCGGUGUCGUUUGUUUCGCUGGUCCGGAGCCGAAGUCAGGUGGGAGUAUUGUUGCCACUUUUGGUACCGAUGGCCGAACGGAAGCAGGGCGAGCACUUACAGAUGUGUACCCUGAGCUCAAGGCGCAGCUUGAGGGGUUGGUGUACGACUUUGCUAGCCAAGUCACUCCCGUUGAACGAAGAGUUGCGUGUUCAUUGCCAGGGACGGAGAGCAAGCGUGACUAUUCUCCCCCUGCGACUUCAUCGGCGUCCGCUUCUACCACCACGGCUACUACAUCGAAGCCCGCACCAUCACGUUUGCAGUCCCCAGAUCUCGCAAAGCACCAGGCAGCACUAAGAAGGUUACUAGAAAAAUCAAAAUACCGAUUCGACAGUAAAGCCAAUGAUGCCAUGUACCUGGACGACGAUGACUCGGGGACUGUUGGUCAAGACACGGACAUGGAGAACGGAGAAGGUGGAGGAAGUGACGGCGGAGCCAAACCCAACGACGGAGGCGACACACCUGGGAACCAAGAUGGAGAGGAUGAUGCCGACAUGCUUGGUGGCAAGGAUGAUGAAGAAAACAACAAUGAUACCGACGCUCCAGAGGACAACAAUGGAGAUGGUAACGACAGGGAAGGCAGCAUUCCUGAGGUCCACGAUGAUGUUCAAGGAGGUGAAAAGGUGCUCAAAGACGAUGAAGUGAGGGAGUUGGAGGCGAAGAACGACGAAUUGAAGAGGGUCAUCGCAUUGGAGCCGCUGCCUGGCUGGCUUCGAAAGGCUGUGAGCUACCUCCGCGCCUACAAAGGGCAUGCUGGUUAUUUGGGUGCGAUUGCGGAGCUCGUCAACUUUGAGCGCCACGUCAAGAGGAACCCUGGGAAGCCACUCCCAGCUACCAGUCGUCCUUCAAUUCUCAGCAUGUACAUCUGCGGCGGGCGAGACCCAGAAAAGCAUACGAAACUCACGGUGGAUGAACUCGACCAGCUGCGCAAUGAACUCUUUUCGUGGUGGUUUGUGUUGCAACCGAAGAGCCGUAUCCCUCCGAAUUUCGACGAAUCUCUGCAAGACUGCUCACUUCUUCUUCGCAUCAGCACUACUAGCCACCAAGACUGGCCUGACUUGUAUCGUGGAUCAACGAACGGUGUUUACGGGGUUUUCAUUUGUCUAGGGUGGUGGUUGGAAGCAGAUUGCACGCCAGGCACGAAAUACGACAACCUCAUUGAUGACAUUUGUUGGGUCUUGAAGACUAUGGUUACUGUACCUGCACCUGGUCUCGGCGAGAAGCCUCCCUCGCGACGUCGAUAA